ACGGCGGGCAGCUCACGUCCUUUUUACCCUGGUUGAACGAGUCCUACCCCUUGGCCACGCUACUUUUAUUCAAAAAAUAAUGCACGGGCGCGCAGCCGCGCACUGUUUAUUUAACCGGCCGGGGCGCAGCUCUGCUGUCCAGUGUCCACCACCACCAGGCGCCAGCAGCACAGCACCCUUGCCUCCGCCUCGUCUCACUCCGUACCAUCUAAUCUCACUUGGCCAGUGAGCACAGCAAAACGCGCGCACAGGCACAGACAUGGGCAACACCGUGGCGCCGCGCAUGUGCCGCAAGGAGGCCAGCGCGGCCGCCGCGACGGCCAGGGCCCAGCGGACGCGUCCCAAGAGCCUCGUCGCCGAGGUGUCGGCGGCGGUGGCUCCAGACGUUGAGCCGAGGCGCUCAGCCGCAGCCGCCGCCGCCGCCUCCGUCACGCCGCGGAAGCGUCGGGACGACGUCGAGCUCGACGAAACGACGAGGGCGGGGCCGGGGCGCUCGCGUGCUCGUGCGGGGGGAGUCCGAGUCUCGUGGGCGGGCGGCGUCGGGUCCGACGACGACGACGCCGUCAGAAAGGCAAAGGCCUCGGUCGUCGUCACGGUGAAGGUCGUGCUGAAGAGGAAGGACGCGGAGGCGCUGGUGGCGAGGCUGAACGCGCAGGGCGCGCGGGAGCGCAAGGCCCGGAUGGAGGAGCUCAAGGGCGAGCUCCGUGCCGAGGACUGCGUCGGCGGCGGCGCCAGCACGUCGCCGUGCCGGGACCCGUGGAAGCCCAGGCUCGCUCCGAUAAAGGAGAACUACUGAACUAUAUAGCUUCAUAGAGAAUAUGGACGUCCCAGUGGUGUGACGACACGACUAGUUUGGGUACCGGUAGGGCCGGACAAAAUGCUUGUGGCUCGCUGGCUCGCUCGAUUCAUGGUCAGCUCGGCUCGGCUCGGAUCGGCUCGUUUGAAUUUUUUCACGAGUUGAGCUGACAUUUUAGCUCGGUUCG